AUGGCGGCCUCAGCCAAACAGGCUUCUCCUGGGAGCGCCCCCGCGUGGCGGAAGCCCGCAGAGAGACUGAAGGCUGCAGGCGGUGCAAGAACGAAGUCUUUUCUCCGUCAGAACGAAGCUUUUCCCCACUGCGAAUCGUUAGCUUCAUCUCCCCGUCGACAGCUGUCGACGAACUCGCCGGAAGAGGUGCCUGACCGUUCGCAGUCGGUCGCAGAUGUGGUAGAAAUCUUGGACGACCCUGAGGAAGAGACAAGGCAGGAGGCGAAGGAGGAUGAUGUGGCAGUGGCUCUCAGUGACCUCGACAGCGAAGAGGAGGAAAGACGCCUGCUUCAGCUGCAGCAGCGGUUCAGAGAGCAGCGACGUCGCAGGAGGCAUCUUCAGCGCGUGAAGCCUGCGCCGACGAAUGAAAGGGCCUCGGACACGUACUACUGUGAAAAAUGGAUGAACGGGUCAGACUGCGUACAGGAAAUUGGCGAGCGGUGCUUGGAUAUGGAGAGAGGCAUAGAAGCCUACGAGGACUUUUACGAGCUGAAUUUGGACGAAAAGGCGCUCUGGCUCAGUCUCAAGUUCAUUCAUCUCUACCAGCGUUGCAUGGACAAGGUGACGACACCUGGCACGAUGAGCCGCCCGCUUCGAAAGAUGAAGGAAAUGGUCGAGAACCUCUUCCCCUCGAACGUCAUAGGUCCCGGCACCCUGCGGCUUAUGCCUGGGUUCAGGUGUCUGUACACGGGCCAGCUAAGCGCCGUCGGGCUGCACUGCGCAUUCAACGACCGCUGCUGCAUUGGUCACGACGACGAGCGUCUGCCGACCGUGACUUCUCUGCUGCUGAACGAUGAUCGCAUCGAGGACAACAACGAUAUCAUUGUUGUGUACGGAGAGGAAAGCGACGGGAAAGGCCACGGCGCGUACCCAGGUGACCAGAUGCUGUUCAUCGGUGGCACAAACACGCGCAACUAUUCUCUGUGGAACGCAUGGAAGCUGGAGUACCCCGUUCGCGUGAUUCGGGGCUACAAAUGCAAGUCCAGAUACGCGCCGAGCUUCGGGUUUCGCUACGACGGUCUGUACCGCGUGGUGGAAAUGCUUGUUGACUCGAGCAGCGCUCCAUGCGUCGUUCAGCCUCGCACUUCCCCUCCUGCAACGCCUCCUCGAACCCGGCCGUCUUCCGAGAAGACCGGCUCGUGCCACCGCCCAUGUGAUGCGGAUGAGUCGCCGCAGCGUGACAGCAGCUCCCCCCCUGCGCCGAGCUCGCCCGGCGCACGCCCCAAGUGUGAAGGCGAGGCGGCGCGAAGCGGGUCGGCGGAGGAGCGGUGUCGCGGAGAGCAAGAGGAGAAGGAAGAGCACGCGGAGGCGAGCGGUGAGGGCCGUCUCGGCGCGUCUAGCGUCGACGCGCCUUCUGAGGCUGCCGCGUCGACAGCCGUGCCUGGGCGCGCGUCUUCGGCGGCUUCGUUCCGUGGUCCCCAGCGGCCUGCGGCGCGCGGUGCAAAGGCAGAACCGGCCGGGAGGCGGGCCUCUAAUGACAGCCAGUGCCCUCCAGGCGCGUCUGCGGACGCCAGUAGCCGGCGCCGGACACCGCGGGUUGACCGCGCCGACGAGGGAGCGGAUUUUUCCAGUCCCUUCCGAGGCGUCAAGGCUGAGGACACAGACUGCGAGCCACGACACAGUUUGUCGCUGUCCUCGCUCUUUCAGAGCAGCCCGGCGGCGUGCGCUUCAGCGAAUGUAAACCCCGACGCCGUGCGGCAAGCGUGCCCGCCCGACCGCGUGGGGCGAGCGUCCGCGCCUUCCGAUGCCUCGCCGCAGGCCCCAGACACCCAUUCUUCACGCGUCCCCCCUGGACCGCGCGACCCUCCAGAAGACGCCUCCCCCAGGUCUCGUGCCUCUUCGCCAUCUUUGUCUGCUUCCUGCGCGUCUGCCGCGCAGGGGCGGAAGAACGAAGCGCCGACUGCUAACAGUUUACCCGAGGCGCCUGCGAUUCGGACCAAGGCCGAAGAAGACCUCUCUCCGCGCGGGGACCGCCAUAGCGCCCCUCGUGUUCGCGCGUCGCCUUUUCAAACAGCAGAGAAAGGAUUCACAAACAACCUCUCCCGCGACAGUUCUAUUCCUGGCACGCCCCCUUCCGGCGCGGGGUCGGCAGGCGGCAACUCUGAGUGGGCUGAGCGGAAACAGUUGGACGGGCGCAGGGUCUUCAAGUUCGUCCUGGUGUCCAUACACCGCGACAUCUACUUGGCUCCAGAGACCAAACUUCCAGACAGAGACAUCGCUGCGUUCGACUACAGCCUCUUCGAGGAAGACAAGGGACUCAAGAAAGUCAAGACGCUCGCGCUCCAGCAGUACCGGACACACUGCAAAAUCCAGGAGCAACUGCAGGCCUCGUCGGCAGCUGCGCUGACUCGGUCGACGAAAGUGGUUCAGAUAUGGAGCGACUUGCCCCUUCCCUUCGCCGUCGCGGUGCCGCCAGUUCUCAGGCUUCCUGGGCAGACGCAGUCGAUCCUCUCCAACUUCCUCUGCAUCAUGGCCGCCGCCUACAAAAUUUACUCUGAGAUGAAGCUGGCCGCGGACCCCAGGGCCACUGAGCAGCCGUCUGGCGCUCUGCGUGCCCUCCAGAACUACCACACCGCCGUUUCGCUCUCAGCCGCGUCGUCGCGGCCGGGGUGGCGACGUGGUCUCGCUUCGCGUGCCGCUGCGACGCCUCUGCCCCCGUGGGCGCUCUGCGGCUUCUUGCCUGUGCGAAUCAUUCUGACGCAGCUCGACUUGGAGCUGCGGGAGCUUCCGCCGGCGAGCAAGCAGCGCCUCAUCGCGCGCGCUCGACUGGACAGGCGUCGCCACCCGCCGGGCUUUCUGGAGAGCAAGCGCGACAGCGCGCUUCCGUCCUUCAGCAAGACGUCGGAGGAGUUCGAGGAGCUUUUAGCUCAGCUGGAGAACAAACGACGCCUGGGCUGCCGCCACCGGCCUCUCGUCUGGACCGAGACGCGGACGGAGAUCCUCGUCAACGCGGAGCUUGCAAAGGUCUUCUCUCACCAGCUUCUCCCUCAGUCCGCCACCUGCGGGUUGUUCGCGACGAUCGAGCUCUGCAGUCCUCUGCCUGACUCCUGGUCGCCGUGGCGCGACAUUUCGCAGGGCAAAGAGCGAUUUCCGAUCCCUGCGGUCAACGACGUCGACCGCUCUCCCCCGCCCGUCGAUUUCUCGUACCAAGUCCGGAAUGUCUGCUUUUCGCGGCUGCCAAACUUCUGCAUGCUCUGCCUCUGCGCGGGCUGCGUCCCUCGCGGGCAAGAUACGAGCGACUGGGAACGCAUAGAACUCGAGGGCUACAGUUUGGGCCUGAGGGACCCGAAGACAGGCCGCGUGCACUGUGCUGGCAGCAACUUGGCGUUCAUCCGCGAAACGUCGACGAUAGCUGUGUGCACAUCCUACUGCCUGUGCGACAAGAGUGUCUGCAGGAACAGAUACCCCGAAGACUUGGCGUAUCCGGUGCUCGUCGCGAAGACCAAACUGGCGGGCUGGGAGCUGCGCACGCAGGUGGCGAUUCCGAGCGGCGCGUUCAUCAUGCAGUACGUGGGCGAGAUCAUGUGCCGGGCGACGAUGGACGGCCGCAGCCGCCACAACAGUCGAAGAGGCUAUCACAACUACUGCAUGGAAAUCGUUCAAGACGAGUGGGACUGGGAGGACAACUGGAAGCUGCCUUGCAUCGACUCUCUGUUCAUAGGCAACGCCAGUCGCUUCCUGAACCACUCGUGCGAGCCGAACGUCGAGGUGCGAAACAUCUGGCGCGGGCCGCUGCUGCCGGUCGUGGGAGUCUUCGCGCGGCGGGCGAUUCGCGCGGGCGAGGCGCUCACCUACGCCUAUGGCGCGGGCUACGAGACGAUCAAAUGUUGGUGCGGCGCCAAGGCCUGCAAAGGCUACAUCGGGGGCGACCCUGGGAGCGCCGACCGCGAAGGCGGGAAAAAGGAGGAAAACCCCCGCGAGAAGGCCCGCGAGGCGGAGGCCGACGGCGCAGCGACGGAAACAGACGACGACGUCGUCGAGGUUUUCCUCCCUUUGGACGCAGACAGCGAGCGGACAGGGCGCAGUGGCGCCGACGGCCGCAGAACGCAGUGA